AAAUCAAUCCAGAGGGCGCUCUAAAUUGCUCGGCCACGUAAGUCAGGGUCGUAUUUUUCUUCCUUGGACAUUUUAAUUACAUUAUUUUACAUGCUGUGAUAAUAUGUGAGAAUGGUAUAACAAUACACAAGUGCUAGUGAUAUAUUUUUGUCUGUACCUAGUCCUGACUGCGAUUGACAAGCCAUGUCCAAUUUACCACCAAAUCCAUAUAACAACUUCCCGGGACCGCCUCAAGUGAACGCUAAUACGGCGCCUCCGACAUUUAACCAUAAUCAACAGUUUGGUCAAGUGCCAGUGAGCCAAUUACCGCCUGGAUAUGGAGGAAUAAAACAGGAUCCAAACUCGAAUAGUCCUCUUCAUGCACCGUCGCCCGCAGCUCAGAAUCAUGUGCUACAGAAUGUCAACAACUAUAGCCAGAGUGCUAGUAGUUCACCUGCUUUCAAUCAACCUGGGAUGAUGCCACCUCCUUUGAAGCAUAAUCUGCAAUCUUCACCUAUGAGGCCACCUAUGUCUACAGCUCCCAACUCCUUACCUAAUCCUCUGCCUCCUCAGAAUGUUCCAAUGUCUUCAGCUAGUCCUAGAACAGUACCCAAUGCCAAUUCUUCACCUGCUCCGUAUCCUCCAAGCUAUCACCCUCCACAGCGCCAGAUUAAUGACAAUGCUCCACCUCUUAUUCCAUCUAGUCAAACAAGCCAACCUCUUGUGAAUGGUCCACCUUCUUCACUCCCUCCUAAUGGACCUCCACAGAGUCAAUACCCUGUUUCAUCAAGUGCUUAUAGCUCUCUUCCCGGAAGCAAGCCACCAAGUUCAGGGUAUGGCCCAGGGUUGAUUAAUACACCCUAUACCCCUCCACCUGGGCAGGUUGCAAAACCUCCUGGUCCUGCAAUGCCAAGUCAACCUCCAAUUCAAUUCUCUGGUGCACCUGUGUCGGGUCCACCGAGGAAUAGUCCUUUGGUGCCAGGACCACCAGUAGGUGGGCCGCCAGGUGGCAUGCAAGGAUUUAAUGGACCACCUCAAAAUCAGGGUCCUCCCAGGCAAGUGGGACUUAAUGGUCCUAAUGUAAGUGGACCAUCUGUGCUGCCCCCUGGUCCUCCAAAACCUAUGGGCCAUCCCCAACCACCCAUGGGACAACCACCAGCACCCAUGGGUCUUGCAAGUGGGCCUCCAAUGGGACCAGGAGCUCCACCACAACAGCAAUACCCGGGACAAUACAGGAAUGGUCCACAAGGGCCGCCAGUGGGUCCAUCUGUCCAACCUACGGGCCUGGGACCGUCUGCUGGACAUAUGCCUCCUCCUAGCAACUUUGGUGGGCCACAAAAUCCUCCAGCUGGUUCUCAAAUGCCUCCUAUGGGACAACAGAGCUUACCACCUAUGGGACAUCAGAUGGGGCCCCCACCAGGACCUAUAGUUCAAACAGGAGCUGGUGUGAAGAGCAAUAUGCAGAACAGAUAUCCGCAAAUGGCUGCAGCACCUGGAAAUUACCCUAAUCACCAAGCCAAUCAACCUCCGAUACCAAGCUUAAGUCAACAACAAGCAAACAUAAUGAAGCAGUUUCCCCAACAACAUUUGACCCAGCAAAUGGGGCAACUGAGUGUGACAAAACAAGGAUUUGAUCAGCUGUGGGGUCAUCAUAUGGUGGAUCUGCUGCAGUGUAAGCAUAUAUUGCCUGAAUAUCCAGAGGACCCACCGGAGAUUAAAUUAGCCCAUCAGUUUGCUGAUUCCAGUAACUGCAGUCCAGAAGUCUUCAGAUGUACAAUCAAUCGUAUCCCGGAGACGAACAAUCUGCUGCAGAAGUCCAGGCUGCCACUCGGUAUAUUAAUUCAUCCAUUCAAAGAUCUCAAUCAUCUACCAGUAAUCCAAUGCGCGACGAUAGUGCGGUGUCGCGCUUGCCGGACCUAUAUCAACCCGUUCGUGUAUUUCGUGGACGCGAAGCGGUGGAAGUGCAAUCUGUGCUACAGGGUCAAUGACUUGCCAGAAGAGUUCCAGUACGACCCAGUGAGCAAGUCAUAUGGCGACCCGACACGACGUCCCGAGAUCAAAUCCGCCACGAUCGAGUUCAUUGCCCCCGGAGAGUACAUGCUCAGGCCUCCACAGCCUGCUGUAUACUUGUUCCUAUUCGAUGUCUCACAGCUAGCUAGGGAAUCUGGAUAUUUGCAGGUUGCAUGCGACACAUUAAAAGCGAACUUGGAAGCGUUACCAGGCGAUGCGCGGACACAGAUCGGUAUCAUCUGCUACGAUGCACAUGUACACUAUUAUCUAAUGAGCGAGGGACUCACGAGGCCCAAGGAAAUGACUGUUCUUGAUAUUGAUGACGUGUUCCUGCCGUCGCCGUCGUCCCUGCUGGUGAACCUGUCGGAGCGGCGCGAGUUGGUCCGCGAGUUGCUCACAGUACUGCCGGCGCGGUACUCCACGCCCAGCACGCCCAGCUCCGCGCUCGGCGCCGCGCUGCAGGCCGCGUACAAACUUAUGGCUCCCACCGGAGGCCGGAUAACAGUGUUCCAGACAUGUUUACCCAACGUUGGACCUGGGGCGUUACAACCUAGAGAGGACCCGAACGCGCGAUCAUCGAAGGAAGUAGCCCAUUUGAACCCCGCCACGGACUUCUACAAGCGACUGGCGCUCGACUGCAGCGGCGCGCAGAUAGCUGUCGACUUGUUCCUACUCAACUCACAGUAUGCCGACCUGGCCUCUCUUAGUGGUAUGAGCAAGUUCAGUGCGGGUACGGUGUACCACAUCCCGUUGUUCCGCGCGAGCCGGCCGCACCACGCCGAGCAACUCAACAGGAUGCUCACGCGGUACCUCACCAGGAAGAUCGGGUUCGAAGCCGUCAUGAGGGUGCGCUGUACUAGAGGCAUAUCAAUUCACACGUUCCACGGCAACUUCUUCGUGCGGUCGACGGACCUGUUGUCGUUGCCCAACGUGUCUCCUGACGCUGGGUUUGGCAUGCAGCUCACUAUCGAGGAGUCUCUCUCAGACUUACAACAGGUCUGCUUCCAGGCCGCCUUGUUAUAUACCAGUAGUAAAGGUGAAAGAAGAAUACGAGUUCACACGCUAGCGUUGCCUACAGCCAGUAAUCUAACGGACGUAUUACAUGCGGCCGACACACAAUGUAUUAUAGGACUACUUAGUAAAAUGGCGGUGGACCGCUGCAUGUCGGCGUCGAUGAGCGAGGCUCGCGAGGCGGUGAUGAACGUGGCGGUGGAUGCGCUGUCUGCGUUCCGCCUGGCGCAGAACUUGCCGGCCGGCGCCAACUCCUCCGCGCUGCACGCGCCGCACUCGCUCAGGCUGCUGCCGCUCUACCUACUCGCGCUGCUCAAGAGGAAAGCAUUCCGCACGGGUACAUCGACGCGGCUGGACGACCGGGUGUGGGACAUGUGCAACGUGAAGGUGUCCCCCCUGUCGGUAUUACUGCGCGCCGUGUACCCCGACCUGUACCCCGUGCACCAGCUGGCGCAGUACCUGCCCGCGCACGAAGAGGACGACGAGCAUACGCCCGACCCGCCGCGUCUGCAGCUUACUGCUGAAAGGAUAAACUCAACGGGUGCCUACUUACUGGACGACGGGGAGAGUAUGAUACUGUACGUGUGUCACGCAGUGAGCCCCGCCUUCCUGUCAGAAACGUUUGGCCUGACCGCCUUCUCGCAGCUGCCCGACGAGCUGCGCAGUCUGCCGCGGGUCGACAGCGAGGGCAGCGCCUUACUGCACGCCUUCAUCGAUAAACUCAAUGACGACCGGCCGUAUGCCUCCGAUAUACUUAUACUGAGGGACAACUCACCGUCUCGGACGCUAUUCACGGAGCGACUGGUGGAGGACAGAGUGGAGUCCGCGUUCUCGUACUACGAGUUCUUACAACAUGUGAAAAACCAAGUGAAGUGAGGUGCGAGUGACGCAGUGACGCAGUGACAGCCAGUGCGGAAUGUCCGCGCCUGCAGCUAACUUCAGCUGGCAGGCUGACGGCACUGCCCUAACUAUAACUAUCCUAUUAGCACUUCUGGUUUUCGAGUUUUGAUGAAAACUGGUAGUAGUGGUAUUGUAAAAAAUCGCGUUAUUUAUUCCAAAUUUGUCCGUUAUGUAUUGUGUAUAUUUAUUGUUUAGUUACUGGCCGGUCUCGAUCCGCUCUCUCGAUCAAUGUAGAACAAUAACAUUAGACGAGUAUUAGAAUGAGGCUAUAAAUUAUAUUUUUGUUAUAAAACUGAUAACUUAUUUACACUAUGUAACAGAUAACGAAAGAAAUGCUUCCAUGCUUCUAAAUUGUAAGGAGGUUAAGCGUUACUUGUAAGUUUGUUAGGAUAGCAGACAGAAUAUAAUUGCGUAGACAAUAGAGUCAAGGGGGUACGGAGACCUAUGUUGAUCGAGUCGUUUUGAUUGCAUACUUUUGUGUUGUCCGUGAUAUGAACUGUUUCAAGUACUACUAGGCAUAAUACGACCACUGUUAAUAUGAGACACAAUAUUCUUCACGGCACUUUGUUGUAAUGGUAAUAUAAUAAUAGACGUAUAUUUUAUUUACCAACAUAAUUCUAAAGACAGUGGCCCAAUUCGAAUAGGAUAUACUGCACGUGUAGUCACGUUACAUCACAAUCGAGAAAUUAGUGAGCAAUUAGAGCAAGCGACAAUAUCGAUAUUUUUAUGUAAACUCGAGCCAGAAGCGCUAUAUAUUUAUUGUUAAUGUAAAGAGAUCUAGUAGAGUCGUUGAUUUGUGAAACACAUAAUAAUAAAGUAUUUAUGAAGCAAGCGAUUUGUUGUCGCUUGGGUUAGGUGAGCACUGUGAGACUUUGAUCGUACGAGAAAGUGUUAUUACGUGCUGGAAUUUGCGUUACUCAGCAUUUUUGUCGUACGAUAAAAAUCUUAUAGUGCUCGCCUAUGUCAAACAAUGUACCGUCAAACGAAUGUUAGUACAUGAACUACAAGAACCAACCGUAUUGCCUAUGACAUAAAGACGUUGUCCUCGGAAGACGUGUGUGUGGUCGACGGAGUGUUAUCGCGUUAUGCUAUACAGACAAGAAUGAGACUAUGAAGUAUAAUUCAACAUUAUUUAACCUGUUACGUCAUCCAAGUUGUUUUUAAAAUAUAUUUUUUAUUUCUUGGAAGUCUAUUUUUAUUUCGCCUUAAAGGUGGUUGGUUUUAACGGAUUGUUAAACGAUAGUGUAAUAACUUUGUGACGUGAAUACAAUACUAGAAGCAAUAAUUCUAUAACAUUCUGUAAGUUUCGAGGUACUGAAGCUCGGUAAAUACAUUGUUAUUCUACAAGUGAACAUAAUUAUAUUUCUAAGGGUUUCUGUGCGUGUAUUAUUUGCGUGCGUGGACUUUGACGGAACAAAACAUGCAACGUGUAGUUUCGAAAUGUUUUAAUGUUAAGAAAAGUUCUCAAUAGUAACACCAACUUACAGUGUUCAGUCGGCGUCGCUAGUUUAUUUAAAAAAAGUAUUUACGCCCUUGUGUUAAGGCGUCUUUUAGUUUGAAUUUAUUGCCGCUGGAAGACGUAAGUUGGUGGGACUAGAUUACGAAUAGAUUCCAAAGGUUGUCGUAUAUUUUGUUCCGUGCCGCUGACUGUAUGACCGUAACCCGUGUGUUGUGUACAAAAUAUUUGGUAUGUUUAUUUUUUUACAUAUUCGUAGGGCGUGGCGCGGUCGGAGCGGAGACGGCGUAUGUAUUCCCCGUCGACGCUAAAAUACAUAUAUUUUUUAUUGUUAAUUCCAUGUUAGGUGUAUGUAGUUAACUUUAAACUUGUAUCUAUUAAUCAUAAUUCGAUAUUAUUUCACCAUUGUAAAUUAAAUAAAAUUAUUUAAAAUUGUAGGUAGUGUGUUUUUAUACUGAAAUGAGAUUGGUUGGAAAAUGGUGGAAAUGUGUAUUGUGCAACUUGUGAUCUAUGUAACUUGUUAUAUUACUGUUUCUACUCUAAUAACGCUAUACAAUUGUCGAGAGAGGUAGCAAGCACUAUUGUAUUUACGCCUGUUUUGUAGUCAACACAUCUCUCGCUGAAAAUUAGUAUUGAAUAUCAUUUUAUUUACUCGAACUAUCGGAAAACCUAUCCGCGGUGGCUCUUAGCAUAUAGCAGUACAUUUACUGUUAAAAUACGAUGCGGAUAAAUAUGAUAUACGAUUAUAAACUUUAAAUAGAUAACAUUAAAGUGUAUUUGGCAACCACACGCACAAUUAGAGCCUUAUUUACCUGCAUUACAUGUUGCACUGUACGUAUGUUUCUAUAGUUUAUCGGACGCUUAUAUGCUACCUUUGUUAUUCAAUAUCCAUUGUUUCAUAUACAUAUACAUGCUUCCUCUUGUCAUGCAACUUGUAUAUAAAACUGGUACUUUUUCAUGUCUAUAAGGCUUAAACUUGGGAAGGAACAAAAUUGAAGUGAGAUUUUUCUUCUUAAAUAUUUGCAUGUAAUUUUAACAAUGGUUUAUGUUAUGUCCACUUUAUAUUGAAACUGAAAUAUACUAUUAUGGUAUAAUGAUCCGAUUUAUUGUUUGGAAUGUUUCGGAAGCCGUCAUGAUGUAAUAAUAGCAUGUGUUUGGCUCAUUCAAUAUCUAAAUCUCGUUCUGGACUGUCGAUCCAUUGAUAGAUUUCAGCCAUGAAUUGACUUGAUCGAAAAUUGGGCAGUGGACCAUUUUGCAACUCUAAUGAAAAUUGUGAAAACUUUUAGUUGUUUUAGCCCUCAUAAUAUUCAUCGUAUUCUAUGUUAUUCCUUUGAUUUGAGGGCCCCAAAAAUCCUUUAUGGAUGUUUUCUGGCGUGUGCCAAAUGGGCAUGCGUAAAAGCUGUUUAGCAAAUAAGACUGCCUGCAAAAUGCCAUUCCCAACGAAACUAAGAACGAAUUAUUCUUGGCUGCCCUAAGUCUUUAGCUAUCAAUUUUUCAGGUAUCUGCUAUCAAUACUAUUUCAAGUUUCGUCUAAAAGUAAUAAGUCGGUCAGAAUAGGUGUUUGUGCCUGCGUUGACCUAAAACAAUAACUAUUAGCUAUACUAGGUAUAAUAAAAUUGUUUAAAAUAAUGCCAGUGUGACUGAUCACGAGAGGAACAUUGUAAUUUGUUUCAAUACAAACAAUCUGAAAUCA